ACCACCACCACCACCACCCCCUAUGUGGUAGAGGAUUUCCCUGGAAUCCUCCAAGUCUACAGUGACGGCUCCACAGUCCGCACUGAUCUGCCAACCCCCGAGUUGGCCGUCCAUGAAGAAGGCACUGUGAUCUGGAAAGACGUCCUUUUCCACCCAAUUCAUGGUCUCUACCUCCGUCUCUACAAACCAGCUUCAGCCACCUCCUCUACGAAGCUCCCAAUCUUCUACUACAUCCACGGCGGUGGUUUCUGCCUCGGCUCUCGCACUCGGCCCUACUGUCACAAAUACUGCCUCCGACUCGCUUCCGACCUUCAAGCCAUAGUCAUCGCACCUGACUAUCGUCUAGCACCUGAGAAUCGGCUUCCGGCCGCAAUCGAAGAUGGAUUCACAGCGGUUAAGUGGCUUCAAGCUCAGGCUCUGUCGGAUAAUCCCGACACUUGGUUCACUGAUGUCGCCGAUUUCGACAGAGUUUUUAUCUCAGGUGACUCGGCGGGUGGAAACAUCGUUCAUCAUCUCGCGAUUGGACUCCGAGCAGGAUCCCCCGAGGUGGCUCCUGUUCGAGUUCGAGGUUAUGUCCAAUUGGCUUCCUACUUUGGCGGAACCGAACGAGUGAAGUCGGAGCUGGAGGGACAGAAGGAGGCUCAUUGGACUACAGAGUUGUCUGACAGGCUUUGGAAGCUGUCAACACCAGUUGGAGAGACAACAGAUCACCCAUUGGUGAACCCAUUUGGACCUGCUAGCCCAAGCCUUGAAUCUGUGGCUCUAGACCCUAUCCUGGCAGUAAGUGGUAGCUAUGAUAUACUGAAGGACAGGAUUGUAGAUUACGCAAAGAGAUUGAAAGAGUGGGGAAAGAAAAUAGAGUAUGCCGAAUUCGAGGGAGUAGAUCACGGUUUCUUUACAGCCCAACCCUACUCUGAAUCAUCAAACAAGUUGAUGCAACUCAUCAAAAGAUUCAUCACUGAAAACUCCAGCAACUAG